AUGCCCGGCAAGAAAGACACCAAAAAGGACGCAAAGAAGGGUGGAAAACCUGAGCCAGAGAAAAAGAAAGAGGAGGAAAAGAAAGGGAAGGAUGACAAGAAGGGAGGAAAAGAUGACAAGAAAGCCAGCAAGGACGAUAAGAAAGGUGGAAAAGAUGAUAAGAAAGGUGGAAAGGAUGACAAGAAAGGAGGAAAAGAAGAUAAAGGAGGAAAGAAGGGAAAGGAGGAGCCACCCAAGGGGAAGGAUGAUGGAAAGAAAGGAAAAGACAAAGGUAAAGGGAAGAGAAAGAACCGCCUUGCGAAGAAGAAACGGCGAAAGUCCAUGCUGAAGAACACAUCUCGAUUCAUGAUGAGGUUUAAGGCCAGCAAAAAGAGGAAAAAGGAGAAGGAGGCCAAAGAGAAGGAAGCAGCAAAUGGUGGGAAGAGGCCAACCUAUAUGCUGCUUCGUCUGGGAGGAGGGAAAGAAUCGAUUGAGAAGACGGGGGGCUUCUUCAAAGGUUUAUUUAGAAAAAAGGAUGGUGAUGCGCCUGCUGAUGACUUCAAGAACAGAAGUGUAUUACUAGGUAAGGUUGCUGCAGCAACUAAUUGGCUGACCAAGCGCUUCCUGUCCACCAAAAUGCGAGGAAAUUCAGGACAACACGGCUGGGGUGGGCGCAGAGCACACAGCCGACAAGCCAGCUCCAGAGGUUACCUCCGUGGUUACCAUAACGAUGGUUAUGAGCAUGGGGAGGACAUGUAUGGAUAUGGUCAUUCAGGCCACCAAAAAGGGUAUGGAGGGCAUGACGAUGUUUAUGGUGGUUACGAAGACGAGGCUGCAGUAUAUGGAAGGCAGGGUCAGUUUGGUUACUAUGAUGAUGGGGCAGGGGGGGCAGACUAUCAGGACCUGGGUUACUAUGAAGAAGAAGGACUCUAUGAUCCAAAUGCAGAGUAUUAUGAGGGUGGUCUUUAUGAUGAAGGUAUGGGGGAUUACUAUAACCCUUACUCCUCUGCCCAAGGUUACUAUGACAACCAGGAAGAUGAUUACUAUGGUUACCAGCAACAACAGGCAAUGUAUGGUGAUGAGGGACUGGACUACUAUGCACAAAUGGGUGAGGACCAUAUGUAUGGAGGAGAGGUAGAUGGAUUUAUUGACCCACAGGCUCAGGGUUACUAUGAUGAAAAUGGUCAUGCAGUUUACUACGAUAAUCAGAUGGGUUACUAUGACAAUGGCCAGGCAGGUUAUUAUGAGAACCCUUAUGCAGCAGGUAUGGGGAUGCAAGGGGAAUUAUCACCAGACUAUCAAUUUAGCUAUAGUGAUGUUGGCAUGCCUUACCAAGACUUCAGUUCCCAGCAGACCGUUGGAUUCCAACCAGGAGGCCAGCAGAUGUUUGGCAUGGGAGGGCAAGGACUAGGUCAACCGCAGGGCCUGUAUGGGGACCCGUAUGCAGGCCAGUUGGAUCAAUAUGGGGAUGAUACUGGUGGAGUUCAGGGAGGGGACAUGGCAUUCAGAGUUCCUAGACCUCAGGUGCGCCUGUUUGGAAAAGAGCGCCUAGAUGUUCCCUUGCCCCCUCCCCCUACUUUGCCACCUGAUCCAGAAUUUGAAGACAUGUCAGAAAUCCAAUAUGAAGACCAGGUUCCUUUUGCGCCAGCCGCACUUCAGAACCCUUACCUAAAAAGCGCAUCUUACACCCUGCCGGAUGGCACUAUCAUCAUUGAUCCACGGAAACCUGUCUCUCCAAACCUGUCCAACGCCCUUCAAAACUCUGCACUGCGAGGCGCCUCCUUUACGCUACCAGAGGGCGUUCACGACCCCAAUGUACCUGUAUCACCAAACCUCGCUAAGGCUCUCAAUAACCCAGCUUUGAAAGGAGCUUCAUUCACCCUCCCAGAUGGAACUAUUAUCGUGGACCCGAGGAAACCAAAGAGCCCUAACCUGGCAGCCGCCCUGCAGAAUCCAUAUCUAAAGGGUGUGUCCUACACUCUACCUGAUGGAACCAUCAUCAUUGACCCACGGAAACCAGUUGGCCCCAACCUAUCUAAAGCUCUUCUGAAUGAGAACCUUCGUGGUGCAACAUUCCAGCUCCCUGAUGGUUCCCUGGUUAUCCCUGGCCAGAAGCCAUCAUCUCCAAACCUAGCAGCUGCUUUGAGGCAAAACCAGGCACUUCGUGCUGCAGGUCUCUAUCAUCUGUCAGACAGCUCUGUACUGACAGGUGUGCCUAAACCCACCCCUCCCAACCUUGCCGCUGCGCUGCAGAAUGAGGACUUACAUGGUGUCCUUUACAGGCUGCCUACUAAGUCUCUUCUCACACGUCGGUUCCACAACCCGAGCCUGUCUGAAGCUGUCCAAAACCAGCACCUCCGUUAUGCCUCAUACACGGUGCCAACAGGACUGCAGGGCGAGGACAAUCGCUACGCUGUGAUUCCCCCUUAUGGGCCACGCUCAGGCCACUGGGCCAGGAAUGCCCGAGGAGGAGGGGAAGGAGGGGAGGAUGUUUGGGCAGCUGAGAGGGUUUUACCACAUGGGACGGUCCAGAAUUUGUCUAAGUGGUCCAUGUACAGAGAAGAUGGGGUGUUAGAAGGAUAUUCACCUACACCUCGAGUUGUGGACGGACAGCCUCAGGACCCAGACUGGACUCCUGACAGAGAGGCAGUGCCAGGUCAGAGCUGGUACGACAAGAUCUACUCUAUCUUAAGCAUGCCCACAACAGGCCACAGGGUUAAACGCUGGGCGGAGGGAAUGGAGGACAUGACACAGCUCCCCGAGCUGAAUGAGACCACAGUUCUGAUGAACCUGAAGAAACGCUAUGACCAGGAACUUGUAUACACCUACAUUGGCAGCAUCCUUGUUUCUGUGAACCCAUACAAGUUGCUCAACAUUUACGGCACAGAUAUGGUGCUCCAGUAUGAAGGUCGUGGUCUGAGUGACAACCCUCCUCAUCUAUUUGCCAUUGCUAAUCUCUCAUAUACCACCAUGAUGGAUGCCAAAAAGGACCAGUGCAUUGUGAUCAGUGGAGAAAGUGGGUCAGGAAAGACUGAAGCCACUAAACUGAUCUUGCGUUACCUGACAGCCAUACAUCACAAACGCAAUGUCACACAACAGAUCGAGAUCCUCGAGGCCACGCCCCUGUUGGAGUCUUUUGGGAAUGCCAAAACAGUGCGCAAUGACAACUCUUCACGCUUUGGCAAAUACACACAGAUCUUCAUGGACGGGGGUGUAAUCAGCGGUGCCAUAACGUCUCAGUACCUGUUGGAGAAGUCCCGCAUUGUCUUUCAGGCCAAAUCGGAGAGAAACUACCACAUCUUCUACGAGAUGUUGGCAGGUCUUCCUCCUAAUGAGAAGCGCUCGCUGUAUCUGCAGGAAGCUGAGACUUACUACUAUCUGAAUCAGGGAGGGAACUGUACCAUAGAGGGGAAGGAUGAUGGGGAGGACUUCAGGCGUUUGCUGAGUGCCAUGGACAUCCUGUGUUUUACCCCAGAGGAGCAAAACAGCAUCUACAGACUUCUGUCCUCCGUCCUUCAUCUGGGGAACGUCUACUUCCAGCCACACCAGGCUGAGGGUCAGGAGGUCGCGGCGGUGGUGAGCGCACAAGAGAUCAGGGUGGUGGCCGAGCUGCUGCAGGUCUCACCGGAGAGCCUGCAGAAGUCUGUGACCUUCAAACUGACAGAUACAGUGCGGGAGAAGAUCUACACUCCGUUGACAGUGGAGAGUGCUGUGGAUGCCAGAGAUGCCGUUGCCAAGAUCCUGUAUUCGCUGCUGUUUAGUUGGCUGACAGAGCGCAUCAACGGACGGGUCUACCCUCGCAACGAAGCCCUGUCCAUCUCCAUAUUGGACAUAUAUGGAUUUGAGGAGCUACAGGUGAACAGUUUUGAGCAGCUGUGCAUCAACUACGCCAAUGAAACUUUGCAGUUCUUCUUUAACAGAGUCAUCUUCCAGGAGGAGCAGGAGGAGUACAUGCGGGAGCAGAUUGAGUGGCAGCAGCAGCCCUUCAGCCACAACCAGGCAUGUCUUGACCUCAUUGCUGCUAAGCCUCACGGGAUCCUGCGCAUACUAGAUGACCAGUGCGGUUUCCCUCAGGCAACAGAUCACACCUUCCUUCAGAAGUGCCACUAUCACCAUGGAAACAACCCGCUUUAUGCCAGGCCAAAGAUGCCACAGCCAGAGUUCACCCUGAAACACUACGCAGGGAAAGUCACCUAUCAGGUGCACAAAUUCUUGGACAAGAACUUCGACAUGGUCCGCCAGGAUGUUUUAGAGCUCUUCAUCCAGAGCAAGAACAGAAUGGUGUCGAGCCUCUUCUUGAAGCACUCCGAGUCUGUGUCUCAGCAGCGCUCUAACUUGCGGCACAGCAGCACGGCUCGACGUUAUCAGGCCAACACGGUCAGCGCAAAGUUUCAGAACAGCCUGCAGGAGCUGCUCGAGAAGAUGGAAAGGUGUAACCCUUAUUUUGUGCGAUGCAUCAAGCCAAACCAUCAUAAGGAGCCAGGAGUGUUUGACAUGGAGCUGGUCAACACUCAGCUGCAUUAUUCUGGUAUCAUGGAGACCAUUCACAUCAGGAAGGACGGUUAUCCAAUCAGACUGCACUUUCACAGCUUCCUAUCAAGGUAUAAAGCCCUGCUCUGCCUGAAGGAUUCUCCGCCUGCAGAUGGGGAGAAUUGUGUCAUCAUGCUCCACAGACUCGGCCCAGUCAAGAACGGCUCGUAUCAGCUGGGAGUCAGUAAGAUUUUCCUGAAGGAGGAAUUGUACCAGCUGUUGGAGGGGAAGCGUGACAGCGUGCUGAACCUCGCCGCCAGCAUACUGCAGACAUACGUCCGCAUGUGUUUCAUCCGGCAGAACUUUAGGAAAUUCAGACGCCGUGUAACCCUGUUUGAAGCUCGCUCCAGAGGCUACCUGGCCAGGAAAAACUUUGCUAUGAAGAGGAAGUACCUCAUCAGGCUGCGCUCCACUGUGCUGCUCAUUGUCAACCGCCAGCGUUACAUGAGGACAGUGGUGGAGCCUGCAAGGAAGGCGGAGGAGGAUCGCAUCAAUCGUGAAGUGGUGAACGUGACAACACUGCCCAUCCCUGCUGAGCUGGCCGGCCUGCUACAGGCGGCUUCAGGUGGUGAAGAGCUGCAUUCAGACUGCUUGGCGGUGGUUCAGGCUCCAAAGGUUCAGGUUGACCCUCAGCUGACUCUGCCUCUGGAUAUCAACAACUACCUCAUGACACACUACAUCCGGGCCAUAUUUAGGGAGCCACUGUUUGGGAUGCUGACUGCCCCGCUGGAGAAUUCCUUGAUUCGGCUGGAUGAGGAGCUAAAACAAGGAGCCCUGAACGUUUUCAUUCUGAUUCUUAGGUUCAUGGGUGAUCCAGACUUGAACGGGGCUCAAGAGAACUUGUUUGGGAACUACAUCAUCCAGAGAGGACUCGCUAAUCCCAGCCUCAGAGAUGAGAUCCUGGCUCAGGUGGCCAAUCAGGUAAGAAACAGCUCGAUUUUCUACUAUUUCUACUUUUUAGGACGAUUAUGGGGUGUGGUGGAGGGGCGUCGAGGCUGGUCGGUGCUGCUGAAGGAACCUGCUCAGUGGGUGGAACUAGAGGGCUCAGACUACGUUCUGGACUUGAUGUCUGACUUGGAGCUUCCUGCUGACUUCCCCAAACACAGCAGCUACUUUAUCAUCUCUGCACAGGAGCCAACCCGAGUGCGGCCCAAUGCCAGCAUAAGCCUGUUGGGUGGUGGCUUUGAUAUGAACGAUGAUGUCAUAUCUUCCACCAUACCUGGAUCGGAUGGAUUCAGUCAAGACUUGGAGCCUCAGAGAGGGAUGGAUCGUUAUCUUGACAGCCUGUUUGACCCCGUACUGUCUGAUGGAACUGGAGAGCUUGAAUCAGCUGCAGGACUGUCCAGCAGGAUGAAGGGGGCUGGGGGAGUCGGUGGGGCCUUUCAACAGCAAGGCCAGUCCACCGGCCCCCCGCUUCCACCAGGAGCUGUGAGAGUCCUUCCUGUGGGAGGUGUGAUGUCGCCUCCUGUUGCCGCGGUGGCACCUGUAACACCUGAUGCCCAGCAGGCUGUUUUGGCCCAGCAGCAGCAGGCGAUUGUGAACCAGCAGGCCAUCAUCAUGGCUCAGCAGAUGACCAUGCAGGCCAUGGCCAUGGUCAGCAGCCCAGUGACGAGUCCCCCCACAUCCCCGAUCACAAGCCCUCCCAUGAGUCCUCUGCUCCAUCACCCUCCGAGCCCAUAUGCCCCCGCCAGCCCAUAUGCUGUCAUACCUCCAAGUCCAUAUGCGAACAUCCCACCGAGCCCCUACGCUAACUUUACUCCCACUCCCUACGCUGCAGCAGACAUCCCGCCCAGCCCCUAUCUUUCCUCUGGUCAACAAACUCCCUCACAGUCUCAGACUCAGCAUCCUGCUGGUCCCCAGAGUCAGCCUCAGGCCUCCCGCCCCAACCCUCAGCCCUACUCCACCAAAACUAGCAAAGCUGAGCCAGCGCAGCCUACAGCUAACCCCGCUGCACAGGGUCAGUCAGGUAAGGACAGCGUCUCUCGGAAAAAGGCUCCAGGCAUCCCCAUAAACAAGGACAAACCAGCCAAGAAAUUUGCUCCAGUGGAGAUGUCUCCUCCGCCCCCUGCUGGUGAGGUGGUGAAAUACUCGGCUCGGGCUACAGAUCACGUCGUCCCCAGCCAGGAUAUCCAAGAAAUCAUCAAAAGGUACAACUCCCCCCCGCCACCACCCGAGCAGCUGCCACCUGGCAAGAGGAGACCAGAGGGGAAAUUUAAGAAGAAGCAAACAGCUCGUGAUGAAGCUUUACAGAUCCUCAAACCCCAGAUGGACAACCCUCCUGCUCCACAGCCCAAACGUCCUGUCACCUCUUCGCCGUCUGCAGCUGCAUUGAAAGAGGCGGGUUUUAAACCAACCAAGACCACAAAGACGAGAGCAUCUAAUCGUCCCCCCCCUCUGCCUCCUCCAGUUUCUCGAGAGCUUCCGGUGGAAACAGAGACCAUCCAGACGCAGCUUCAUCAGAGCACCAAUGAGGAGCACUACACCUACACCAACGUUCCCUGGAGGCUGUAUCUCAGGAAGGAGGUUUUCUAUCCCAAAGACAGCUUCAACAAUCCUCUGGUGCUGGAUCUCAUUUUCAAACAGAUAGUGAAUGACACCCUGUCAGAGGCGUGCGUUCGCAUCACGCGGGAUGAAAGGCAGAAAAUGAAAGCUCUUUUCGCCAAACACGGUGUUGAACAGAAUGUGGAUCCAGUGGAGGAGCACGUGAAGAAAACAAUUGUCACAGCAGCCAGAGAGACCUGGGAAAUAUACUUCUCCCGGCUCUUCCCCGCCUCGGGUAGUGUGGGAACAGGUGUGCAGGUGCUGUCGGUGUCCCACAGCGGCAUUAAACUGCUGAAGACUGUGAGAAGCAGCGCUGCAGCUCCGGACUACUUCAGAGUUCUUCGACCCUACACUUAUGCAGACAUCCUGUUUGUGACCAUCCCGUCUGAGAACAUGCUGGAGUUCAAUCUGACCAACGAGAAGCUGAUCCUGUUUUCAGCCAAGGCACCACAAGUCAAACACCUCAUAGACACCUUCAUCAAUGAGAUCAAAAAGGACUCAGAUUAUGUGAUUGCAGAGCGUAACUUUGUGACAGACGACCGCUCGAUGCUCAGUUUCCAUAAAGGAGACGUCAUCAGGCUGCAGGUUAUGGAUGGGCUGGAGAAAGGUUACAGCUACGGCUGUGUGGUGAAGAAGAAGGUGGUGUUUCUGGAGGAGCUGAAGAGAGACACUCAAGACUUUGGUUGGAAGUUCGGUGCCGUGUUCGGCCGCUCUGGCGCCUUCCCGGCCGAGUGCGUCCAUCCCGUCGCUCCUCCUGACUUCCUUUCGCUGCCACUGGACCGCAAAGCGGAGCCUCGAGGUGGAGCGGGACAGUUCGCUGUGUCAUCAGCGGUGGCUGUUGCCGUGGCGUCGACCAUGGCUGCGCAUGAGAUCGAUCAAACGAUUGAGAAAGUUUCCCUUGAUGGCUUUGGUGAUGGAGACCUGGAUGAGAGGGCCCUGCAGGACAGUAAAUAUGACAUGUUGGAGUUUGCCAAGAAGUACUUCAGACAGGCACCCAGCGGGAAGGGAGAUUCCCUGAAGAGCAAAAGCAAGAACAGAGACUCCAGGGAGCCCAUUGAAAUGAUCAAGUUCUCCAAGACUCCUCUGACUGAGUCUCUGAUAGAGUUCACAGACUCAGCCAUGAACAGAGUGGCAGCUGAUCUCUUCCUGUGCAUCAUGCGUUUCAUGGGCGACUCUUCUCCAAGAGGACUGACAGAACAGGAGAUAGCGAGCACUUUUCUCAAACUCAUUGGAGAGUUCACCUUGAUGAGGGAUGAGGCUUACUGCCAGCUCCUCAAACAGCUUACCACUAACACCAGCUCCAAACCCGAUAGCUGCCAACGAGGCUGGAGGCUGCUGUACAUCCUGACUGCUUUCCAUCGCUGCUCUGAAGUCCUCAAGCCCUUCCUGCUGAAAUAUCUGCAGCAGGCCUCUCGCAGCGCCGGGGCACAGUAUCAGGGCAUAGCGAAAGCAUGCGAGCAGAAUCUGAAGAAGACGUACCAGUUCGGAGGUCGCAUUGUUCCACCAAACAGCAUGGAGCUGAAGGCUAUGAUGGCCGGACGAAGUUCCAAACGUCAGCUGUUUCUCUUUCCUGGAGGCAUUGAACGUCACGUGAAACUGAAAACAUGUUCUGUUGCCCUGGAGGUGAUUGAGGAGCUGUGUUAUGAGAUGGGUUUACACCGGCUGGAGACCAUGGAAGAAUACGCAGUGUUUUUAGUGACCAACAGAGGUCAGAAUGUGCGGCCUCUGAACAAACACGAGUACAUCCUGGAUGUGGCCACAGAGGCCGAGUUAGUCGACUCCAACUACAGCUUCUGGUUCCGACGAGUCGUCUGGACUCAGCCGCUCAAGUUUGAGAAUGAGCUGUGUGUCGCCAUGCACUACAACCAGAUCCUUCCAGACUAUUGUAAAGGUCUGCUGAAUGUUCUUCCACAUGGAAAAGUGAGCGACCAGCAGUUCCACCAGAUCUCCAAACUGUCAGCUUUGCAGCACCGAGCCAAAGACAUCGUGUUCAUCCCCAGCAUACACGAAUUAUCGGAGUACAUCGCCACACCUCUCUUCAAAAAGCAGCCACCCCAGCAGUGGGUUACCAUGGUGACGCAGCACAUGCAGCAAGUGCAGACCCUGAACCCACACCAGGCCAGAGCACAGUUCCUGGGGCUGGUCAGUGCAUUCCCCAUGUUUGGCUCCUCGUUCUUCUACAUCCACAGCAGCAGCUCCACAACCUUCUACGCUCCCUGUAUCCUUGCUGUCAAUCAACACGGCCUCCACUUCCUGCACAAAAAUACACACGAGCUGAUGGCAGCGGUCCCCCUGGUGGAGGUGCAGUCCAGCCGCACCCAGAGGCCCACCGCCGGCACCAGUUACCCGUAUGUAGACCUCACCUUGGGGGACAUGAAUACUCAACGGGUCAUUCAGCUGCAGCUGGAGCAGGGCCUGGAGCUGUGUCGAGUCAUCGCCAUGCAGGUGGAAAACAUGAUGUCUGUGCGGGAGAAGAGGCUCACGCUGCCACCCAGUGAAAUCACCAUGCUGUGACACAUGCUCAUGCUUCGACCCACGCACAAACGUAUAUGUACAUUCACACACGUAGAGGAAACCUUUUUAAAUAGCCUACCUCUUCUUUCUUGUAUGGAUCAAACACACACUUACAUAAGUGUACCCUGAGAUCACUUCUAUUUCAUUAUUAUUCUGUGCAGCCUGGAUACAGUAACAGUCAAUAUUGAUUAUUUUUACUUGAUACGUCUUUUUUUUCAGGGUGACACCUCGAUGAUUGCACUUACUGCUUUAAUAGGUUUCACAUCCAACAUGCUUAAUGUGUACAGAAGUUGUUAUUGAACAGUGAGGAAGCUUCACAGCUCUGUGCCUUGUCACUACAAAGUUUUAUAACUGAUAUGUACCAUAUUUUUUUAUUUUUUUUAUUACUGCGGUUGACUGUAAAACUUGAUGUGUAAACAGAUAUUGUAUUUGAUUUAAUGCAUACUUUGUAAAGAGUAUUUUAUCAAAAUAAAUUGUGAGAUUUAAAGAGAA